GUUAAGGUUACUCAGACUGCAGAAGGGCAAACACAGCCUCAGUUGAUUAAAAUAUUGCAGAAAGGAGAUUACUUUGGAGAAAAGGCCUUGAUCAGUGAUGAUGUUAGGUCUGCUAAUAUAAUUGCAGAUGAAAAUGAUGUGGAGUGCCUUGUUAUUGAUAGAGAAACUUUUAAUCAAACAGUUGGAACAUUUGAAGAACUUCAGGCAUACCUUGUGGGUUAUGUAGCUACUUUGGCUCGAGAUGAUGAAGAAAGGCAUGCUCAAGUCUCUUCCGUGGAGCGACUACCUGGUGAUGUCUCUUUGGAGAUGAUUCAGUUGAAAGAAAAAGUUACCCAGUUUCCCUCCUCUUGCCCUUUUCAGAACCUGGAAAUUGUUGCUACUCUGGGUGUUGGUGGAUUUGGAAGAGUUGAACUUGUGAAAGUUAAGAAUGAGAACAUAGCAUUUGCCAUGAAAUGUAUUAAGAAGAAGCACAUAGUGGAUACCAAGCAACAGGAACAUAUUCACUCAGAAAAGAAAAUUCUAGAAGAGGCCUGUUCACCAUUCAUUGUGAAAUUGUAUCGCACGUUCAAAGACAACAAAUAUGUUUAUAUGCUCUUAGAAGCCUGUCUUGGAGGUGAACUAUGGAGCAUCCUCAGGGACAGGGGUAGCUUUGAUGAAACCACUACGAAGUUCUGUGUUGGGUGUGUGACAGAAGCUAUUGAAUAUUUGCAUUCUAUGAGUAUAAUCUACAGGGAUUUGAAACCAGAAAACUUAAUUUUGGAUGCCCAAGGUUAUAUAAAGUUGGUUGACUUUGGGUUUGCUAAGAAGAUCAGAGCAGGGCAGAAGACCUGGACAUUCUGUGGGACACCUGAAUAUGUUGCACCUGAAGUUAUUCUGAAUAAAGGCCAUGAUUUCAGUGUGGAUUUCUGGUCUCUUGGAAUCCUUGUGUAUGAACUGCUUACAGGAAAUCCUCCAUUUACUGGAGUCGAUCAAAUGAUGACCUACAAUUUGAUUUUAAAAGGCGUUGAGAGGCUGGAUUUUCCCAGAAUAAUAACCAAGCGCCCUGAGGAUUUGAUUCGGCGGCUUUGCAGACAAAGUCCUACAGAGAGAUUAGGAAAUCUGAAGAAUGGAAUCCAUGACAUUAAGAGGCACAGGUGGCUGAAUGGUUUUAACUGGGAAGGACUCAAGGCAAAGAAGUUAACAUCACCCCUAAAGAGAGAGCUUUCAGGUCCCAUGGACUACAGCCACUUUGACAGAUACCCACCUGAACAGGGAGUUCCACCAGAUGAGCUUUCAGGCUGGGAUAAAGAUUUCUAAGAAGACAAAAUCCUUACAAGGCUAGUAAUGUAAUUGUCAGCAUUCACAGGUUGUCUACAGUGAUUGUACACGUCCUUGUUAAGAGCCCAGCCAAGAGGCAUUGAAAUUGCAUUUAAAAUUCAAAGGACCAUGGAUCACACUCUGAUUUCCUUUGUAAAUUCCCAACACGAAGUAUUGCAUUGUGAAGCUAUGAGAAGCAGAAUGAAGGAGACCAGUGACCAGCAGCUUAAAGCCCUGCUAAAUUACAAUCUAAAUUCCACAUUCAUCUCCUUUGGAAGUGUGUGGCCCAUUUAUUACAUCAGCCUCUAUGCUCUGAUGUGCUUUGCAUAAAACGCCACUGUGAGCAACCUUGGGCCCCAGAGAUGAGAAAUGUAGGAGUGUGAGGGGAACACUGGAAAGAGAAUAGGGUUUGAAUAGCUUCGUGUAGGUCUCAGUGCCCGUUUUUUGUCAUCUUACCAGGUAAAUGAAAUCCGUUCUUAACAGCAAGUGAGUCCUGUAAACUAAAAUGUGCCUCUAAAAUCCUUUCCCUUAUAAAAAUAUGUUAAAAUUAAGUUGUAUUGUUUUUCCGAAAGCAAAAACACAGAU